CACUUGACAGGUACUGUUGUGCUGGCUGGAGGUUAGAACUUGAAAGUUAUAACUUGGACUAAUUUUCGAGUUUUAAUCGAUACGUGAAUCUUUUUCCAUUGUCAGCUUUGUCGAUAAUCUAAACGUAAAAUUUAAACAUGGACAUCCCAAAAUCAGCUAAAGAGAUUCGACAAUCAUACAUCGACUUCUUUAUGAGUAAAGGUCAUAUAUAUGUUCAUUCUUCAUCAACAAUUCCUUUGGAUGAUCCCACGCUACUGUUUGCAAAUGCAGGUAUGAAUCAAUUUAAGCCAAUAUUUUUAGGGUCAGUUGAUCCAAACUCAGAUAUGGCUCAAUAUGUAAGAGUUGUGAAUACUCAAAAGUGCAUAAGAGCUGGUGGAAAACAUAAUGAUUUAGAUGAUGUCGGAAAAGAUGUUUAUCAUCACACUUUCUUUGAAAUGAUGGGGAACUGGUCUUUUGGAGACUAUUUUAAAAAGGAAGUAUGCACUUGGGCUUGGGAGCUGCUGACUGAAGUUUAUAAAUUAUCUGGAGAUAGAUUAUAUGUUACUUAUUUUGGCGGGGACAAAAACUCAGGGCUUGAACCUGAUUUAGAAUGUAAGGAAAUAUGGCUAAAAUUAGGAGUUCCUGAAACCCAUAUUUUACCAGGUAGCAUGAAAGAUAAUUUUUGGGAAAUGGGUGAAACAGGUCCCUGUGGUCCAUGUUCAGAAUUACAUUAUGAUAGAAUUGGUGGAAGAAAUGCAGCACAUCUUGUGAACAUGGACGACCCAGAUGUUUUGGAAAUAUGGAAUCUUGUAUUCAUUCAGUACAACAGAGAAACAGAUGGGACUCUAAAAUUACUUCCAAAAAAACACAUAGAUUGUGGCUUAGGUCUUGAACGAUUGGUAUCUGUUAUACAAGAUAAAAAAGCUAAUUAUGAUACUGAUUUGUUUAUGCCUAUAUUCAAGACUAUUGAGACCAAGGCCAAAGUAAGGCCUUAUACAGGAAAGGUGGGACUUGAAGAUGUAGAUGGAAUUGAUAUGGCUUAUAGGGUUUUAGCAGACCAUGCUCGCACACUUACUAUUGCUCUAUCUGAUGGUGGAUUCCCUGACAAUACUGGUAGAGGGUAUGUACUCCGUAGAAUAUUAAGAAGAGCUAUUCGUUAUUCAUCUGAAAAACUUAAUGCUAAACCAGGAUUCUUUGCUUCAUUAGUACAUACUGUUGUUGAAAUAUUGGGUGAUAUAUUUCCCGAGAUUACAAAAGAUCCAGAGUCUAUUAUACAAAUUAUAAAUGAAGAAGAAAUACAGUUCCUGAAAACUCUUUCAAGAGGACACAAUUUACUCAAUAGGACAAUAGAGAAACUGGGAGACUCAAAAGUUAUACCUGGUGAUGUGGCUUGGAGGAUGUAUGAUACAUAUGGUUUUCCUAUUGACUUGACACAGUUGAUGUGUGAAGAAAAAGGAUUAACAAUUGAUAUGGAAGCAUAUGAUAAAGCUAAAAAGGAAUCUCAGUUAUGUUCCCAAGGUAAAACUGUGGGUCAAGAAGAUUUAUUAGCAUUAGACAUCCAUGCCAUUAGCGAUUUACAAAACAGAGGUGUACCCGUAACUGAUGACUCUCCUAAGUAUAAUUAUGUAGCCUCUUCCAUGGACAAAGACGCAGUAUAUACCUUUAGCCCAUGCACUGGAAAGAUUUUGGCGAUACGUCAAAAUAAGACCUUUGUGGAAGAAGUAAGCAAUGGAGAGUGUGGAUUGAUAUUAGACCAUACAAAUUUUUAUGCAGAGCAAGGUGGACAAAUAUAUGAUGAGGGUUACAUGGUUAAGAGUGAUGAUGACAGUGUAGAAUUUACUGUGAAAAAUGUUCAAGUAAAAGGAGGGUAUGUACUUCACAUAGGCAAAGUGGAAGGUUUGUUUAAAGUGGGAGACACAGUGUCAUUAAACAUUGAUACAGAAAGAAGAAGACUCAUUAUGAACAACCAUACGGGCACACAUAUAUUAAAUAAUGUUUUGAGAAAAGUACUAGGCAAUGAUUCUGACCAACGUGGUUCACUUGUGGUACCAGAUCGUUUGAGAUUUGAUUUUACUAACAAAGGUCCUAUGACAACAAAACAAAUAAAAGAAACUGAAGAUCAAAUUAAAACUAUUAUCAAUGAUAACAAAAAAGUAUUUGCUAAACACACAAGUUUAAGUGAUGCCAAGAAAAUUAAAGGUUUACGAGCUAUGUUUGAUGAACAGUAUCCAGAUCCUGUACGUGUUGUAUCUGUUGGUGUACCGGUCGAAGAGUUAGAAAAUAAUCCAGAAGGGCCUUUAGGAUUUGAUACAUCUGUAGAAUUUUGUGGUGGCUCUCAUCUACACCAAACUGGACACAUUGGCGAAUAUGUGAUUGUCAGUGAAGAAGGAAUAGCUAAAGGAAUUCGAAGGAUUGUGGCUGUUACUGGCCCAGAAGCCAUGAAAGCCAUCAAUAAGAUGAGUAUUUUAGAAAAUGAGGUUAACAAUAUUGCAAAUAUUAUCAAAGACCAAGGUGAUAAUCAAAAAGAAAUUGUAAAAAAAAUUGUGGAACUAACUAAUGAUGUUUCCCAUGCACAAAUAUCGUAUUGGAAAAAAGAAGAACUAAGAAAUAUGCUCAAAAAUUUCAAAAAAGAAUUAGACGAUAAAGAGCGCGCUGCUAAAGCUCUAACUAUCAAUUUAGUUAUAGAGAAAGCAAAAGAACUUUGCCUUGAACAAAAAUCAUCUGAAGUGAUUGUAUCAGAAUUAAAAGCAUUUAAUAACACAAAAGCAUUAGACGGGGCUUUAAAACAAGUAAAACAGCACUCUCCAAAUUCUGCGGCAUUGUUUUUCUCAGUUGAUGAUGACUCCAACAAAAUAUUCUGCUUGGCAGCCGUUCCGAAAUCACUAGUCGAGAGAGGAUUAACUGCUUCAGACUGGGUUCAGUCAGUUGUUCACCUUAUGGGUGGAAAAGGCGGCGGCAAAUCAGAAUCUGCUCAAGCUUCAGGAAAUAAUCCGAAAUGUUUGGAGGAAGCCAUUAAAACAGCUCGUGACUUUGCACUUUCAAAAUUACAAUAGUCUCUUUUUCAAG